AUGCCAUUCCUGGUCCAUGAAAAAUCAGUUCCAAACCAACCACAAUCGGAGGACCGUCCUGAGCUGAGCUACAAUCGAAACCCAUCCCAGAAACCGUGGAUCCGAUGGCGAAACUGUUCCUGCUUGCAGCCUGUGCGGUGCUGAUCGCAGCAACGGCCGUUUCUGGCCGUGCUGCCGCCGGUGGUGCUGACCCUCGUGGACGUCGCCGAGCGGGCCAGAUUGUCGGUGGUUUUGCGAUCGACAUCACCGAUGCACCGUACCAGGUGGCGCUGCUGCACAAUGGGCGCUUCGAUUGCGGUGGUUCCAUCAUUUCGCCCAACUGGAUCCUAACGGCCGCUCACUGCACGCACGGUAUUCCGAGCCGCGAGCUAUCGGUCAGGGCCGGUUCAUCGUUCCGCAACCGGGGCGACGAUAUUCAUCGGUCCGAGCGGGUGGUCGAGCAUCCAGAUUAUGACCCGGAAACGACCGAUUUCGAUUAUGCGCUGAUCGAGUUGGCAUCGCCGCUCGAGCUGGACGGGCUGACGAAGAGGGCGAUCGAGCUGCAGCACGAGGACGACACUGGACCGGAGGAGGACGAGCAGGCGAUGGUGUCGGGUUGGGGUGCUACCAAGGACCGGUACACCUCGAACCGGGUACUGAGGGCCACAUUUGUGCCCAUUCUGGCACAGUCCGACUGUGAGCGAGCGUAUUCGAAGAUCGGCACCGGGCUGAUUACGGAGAACAUGUUGUGCGCCGGGUACUACUAUGGUGGCCACGAUUCCUGCCAAGGCGAUUCCGGUGGUCCGCUCGUCGUGGACGAUGUGCAGGUCGGUGUGGUGUCGUGGGGCAGUGGCUGUGGCGUCGCCACCCUGCCCGGAGUGUAUGCCCGCGUUGCGUUGGCUCGCGAAUGGAUCCGUGAGGUGAGCCAGGUGUAGGUGGUACGUGAUCCGCUCCCCCGGGCGGGGCCACACCCGGAAUGGGAUAUGAAAUGGCCUUCGAAUUGCAAUAAAUAACCUCUUCUUCUUCUGCAUGCA